CACAGCAGCAGGUCUGAUCGGGUCAGAGCACCAGAUCUGGUUUUAGCGGGCUCCAACUCAAACUCUCUCCUGAACCUCGAGUGGAACAGGGGCAUGCAGAGGAAGUCAUACCUGAACCCCAGAGGAAGAAAAUGCAUCGUUCAUUAAACAGCGAGAUCAUUUAAAAUAUCAAAGCACAUGAAAAACACAACCAUAUUUAUAUUGAAUCAACCAAGCACGUGUGUUUUAACAGAGCAGACUGGAAGAGUUUCACUAACUGAGCAAACCAGAGACAAACAUCAUUGUGUUUGGCACGUGCUGGUAAUUUACCGGCUAGCUUAGCAUCAUCAGACAGUCAUUAUGCUAGCUGAGACAUAAACCCUGGAUAUACUAGAAACCAGCUCUGUACGCCUGAUUUUAUUAUAACAACAAGUUCAAGAGUGCAGCUCCGUCCUCACCCGAGUUUAGCGACCGCGGCCAACGUGUCUGCUACCUCCGGCACACAGUUCAAGUCUCUCCCGCAGGACACUCUGCCUCCCGUGCUGGCGGACGCCAUGAUUUUAGCCGACUGCUCUGAUUGACUGAACAUCUACUCCUGCUUCUGAUGAAACUGACGCCAUGUUGGAUCUACACAGACAUGCGCGCUCAUUGGCCGGCAAGGUACCGAGGAGCCAAAAUGGCAACAGGAGUACUUCAGUUGAAGUUCGCAUUCAUCCAUUCAGAAGACGGACUAUUACAACUUUGGAACAAGGACUCCAAAAACAUCGAGGAGCAAUUAUGAGAUCCCACUGCAUUUCUUUAUACCUGCGAUGUCAAACUCUUUUUCUUUCAACCACAGACUCCCCUUCUCCCCGAAACAUUCAGAGACAGUCAGCAGGCCUUUCCCUCUGUGUCAUGGAACAACUACUCUGGGUUUCAUCUUUCAAGGUGGGGUCAUUGCAGCUGCAGACACUCGUGCCAGUGCUGGGGGGCUUGUUGCAUGCCCAUUUGUUAACAAGAUUAGCCCUAUUCACUCCCACUUAGUUGUCACCUCUUCAGGGAGCGGUGCGGACUGCAUGCUGUGGGAGAGGAUUCUAACCAGAGAGAUCAGACUCUACCAACUGCGGCACAGACAUCGUCUCUCAAUUAGUGGUACUGCCAAGCUUCUGUCAUUUAUGCUGCACCCCUUCAAAGGGACAAAUGUGUGUGUGGCUCUCACACUGUGUGGCUGGGAUAAAGAAGUUGCUACAUCCUCAAACAGUGGUCCAAAGGUGAUAUAUGUGUGCAGUGAUGGAGCUCGACUGCAGGGGGACAUCUUCUCUGUGGGCUCGGGCUCUCCUUAUGCUUAUGGAGUCCUGGAUGGAGAGCUGAAGUGGAGUCUGAGUGAAGAAGAGGCUAUCUCCCUGGCAAGAGAAGCGGUGUUCAGAGCCACUCACAGGGAUGCUUACUCAGGGAACAAUGUGGACCUCUUCCAUGUCACAUCUCAGGGAUGGAGCCAAAGGAAAAGAGAGGACCUUAAAGAGGAAUACUAUAGAGACAUUAAGAGGAGGGAGAAGAUGGUCGAGGAAAGGAAAAGACUGAUCAAAUAAGAUGCUUCAGGAUGAGAAAAAAUGGGGGUCCUAAUCCAGAAAAAUACAGUAAGAUCAUUUACAGAAUGUAUUUAUCUAUAUUUGCCACCUGGAAGUAUUUUAUUCAUUAUUCUUGCGAAGACUUUGUUGUUCACAUUUUUGUAGCUCUGAAGCUGUUUCAAGACAAAGGAGUGAAAGCACUGCUGCAGCUUUAUAUACGUUACAGGUGCUCCUUAGACACCUCAGGGUUGUUGUGACUCCUUCAUGCUGUUAAUUACAGUGGCCCUGAAGGCCAAUAGUAAUAAAUAUUUAAAAAGCGCAAAA